ACGUCAAGUAUAAUCAAGAUGCGUCAACAUCCACCUAUUGGGAUGUAUAAUGGGGUUUUCUAUGGUGUCCGACUAUAUGGGGUGAUGGUUGGAAGCUCAGAGUUUAACGAGGCUUCAUCACCAAGAGACGCACUACUUGUUUUGCAUCAAGCGGAUACCUCGAUCACUAAUAAACAAAAAGAGGCCGUACAAGAACUAUUGGGUAUUCAUGUUGACUUUCUCGUCGGUAAUGAACUAUCUAGAGCAUGGACAACAGUUAGGAGUGCUACUGGAAUACCAGUUGCCAGGCUUAACAAAGGUGGGAGAGUUCAUGAGAGAAUGCAGACUGCUAAACGCACAAAAACAGGUUCAACGACAGCUACCAAGAAAUCAAUACAUGAGAGAACAGAAUUCAAUCAAGGAGAAAAAAAAUAUAAAGCUACUCUUGUCGAAGCCAUCAAUGAAAAUCUUGCCUUUAUGUCUAACACGGUAUUAAGAGAUAGCGUCGCUGAAACUAUGCGUCUGAUUGCGGGACAAGAAGCAAAGGCUGAAAAGUCAGAGGAAGAUAUAGAUUCUUUUGAAGAGUCUGUAUCUGAAGAAUCCGAUAUCCCAGAUGAUGAGUUUGACCAUGACGAAUCAGAGAACCAUGAUUCUGAGGGGAAUGUGUCUAGAGAGAGUUCUGCAGAAGAGAAGUGAAUCAAUACAGAAGGUCAUUACUAGAUCACAACUUUUUUGGAUCUGUUUAAAUAUAUAUCUUUAGUAUUUUAGUAUUCCUUAUUGGUCAUAAAGAACACCUUGAAUGUUUCAAC